AUGCUGCGCCCUGUGCGACUGGUGUCGGCACUCGGCCUCUUCGUCGUCGUCGUCAUCUUCGUGUCCCGCUCUUGUUCAGCGUCGCCACUCCACGGCGUCGCUCCGUCCGACGAGCAAAAGUUCCUCGGCCGUGACUUCCUCUGCGUCGUGGGUGGGCGGUCUGAAUAUCUGCCAAUCAGCCGCGUGAACGACGACUUCUGCGACUGUGACGCGGGCGACGACGAACCCGGCACGUCUGCCUGCUCCCACGUGGCCACGAGUGCAUUUUACUGUGCAAACAACGGUUUUUUUGCGAAAAAAAUCCACACGUCUCAAGUUCACGAUGGAGUCUGUGACUGCUGCGAUGGAUCGGACGAGGAACGCGACGGCGUCUCAGUCUGUGCGAAUGCGUGUGCAGGGGCUGCAGAAGCGUUCAAGAACGAGGCGAAACAGCGACUCGAAGUGGUGCGCCGCGGGUAUGAGAAGCGUCAAGCGACGGUCGAUGGGGAAAUUGAUUCGUACUUUGAGCAACUCAACGAGUCGCAGACGACCAUUGAGCACGACCUGGCGACGUUGAAGCUGCUGAUGGACAGAGUCACGGUGCACAAGGAGCGCGAGGAGUUGCGGGAAACGAAAUACCGCCUCGAAGUGGCGAGGCGAAAGCAGGAGAAACGAAGUCAUUGUGGAGAUGAGAGCGUCGACAGGAGCAACGAGCAGUCGUUGGACGGAACGGUCGGCAGCGACGAUAUUGGAGCGGUGGAGUUUGAAACACUCGAUGCUGUUCAGCUGGCGGAUGCCGGUAUGCUUAACGACCCAGUAGAAGAUGAACGCGCGCUCGAGGUGUUGGACUCAAGUCAGCAUAUUGUCAAGAGCCUGAUAGAGUUGCCGGACGGCACGAAAGUUUCUGUGGCGGACUACUUGCGCAUGGACCACACUAUCCAACCCUCGACUACAAAGUUGUGGACCCCGCGUUCAGGAGAAGAAACGUGGCGAGAAGCUUUACUAGGACCGCUAAUCAAUGGAGAAGCAGAGAGUCGAAGAAGAGCUGGGCUUGCUGUGCUCCGACUCAUCGGCUUGAUUGUUUCUCCUGUUCGUGUGCUCGUAGAGGUGCUACUGUACAGCCCACGAGUUUUAUUGCGGGUGUUGUCAGCUCCUGACCUGAUUGACAAGUUUUCGAGCGUACCGAAUCCCUUUCGCUCGGCCUGGUUUCGCCGACUCGGUGGAGGCAGUGUCUACAACGGUUAUAGCUCGGCGAUGUGGGCCGCGCAGGUCGUGUGGGAUACACCGACUUAUGCUUAUCACUACCUUUUUCCCACGCUGGAUAGUGACAUGAAGUUGCCGGUAGCAGAAUCAUUGCGGAUCGUGCUUCGGGAGAUACAGUCGGACAUUGCUAAGUUGGAGAAAGAUCGAAGCGACAAGCACGAGACUGCUUCCUUUGACUAUGGCCCGGAUCGUGCGUAUUUUGCGCUGAAGGACAAGUGCAUCGAGAAGCGUAUUGAGAAAUACAGCUACAAGUUCUGCGCAUUCAGUGAUGUCAAGCAGGACCAUACAACUCUUGGUAAGUGGGAUGGCUGGGCAGUUCAUGAUGGCAAUGAAAUGUCGCCCGAUGUUGCGGUAGAUUACACGAGCAUGCGGUACACUAAUGGUCACAGAUGCUACAAGGGCCCCGAGCGGUCCGUGUCAGUGAGCCUCGAGUGUGGUGAUGAAGACACGUUAUUGAGUGUGGAUGAACCUUCUACGUGCGUGUACGUGAUGACUGUUCGCUCUCCAUUGGCUUGCACUGCUCAAGUACUUGCGAAGGCGGAAAAUGAGGUGGCGCUGAUAAAAACGAGGCAUUAA